GCCCAGCCCAGCCAAGAAGAGAACGAUCUUACACCGGCGCCUCCCACUUUCAAAAAAAGUCUCUUUCGUUCAGAUCGAGAAUCCUUUUAGUUCCCAUUAAGUGGUUGAAUUGGACGUGCGUGACGUCUGCGUGAUUGAUGGAGUGACAGCUGUCUCCGAGGGUAUGUUGGACACAGCGUAACACCACUUUUGGAACUACUUGCACUUGAAUUCAGCUUCUUUCUUUACCUUGAAGAACAGCAUUUCAGCUUUCCGGAAUUUGAAGAUGUCUUCUAUAGAUCCUUAUCAGUACAUAAUUGUAGAACACCAGUACUCUCACAAAUUCCGAGUGAAGGUGGUACGAGCGCAGAAUGUCACGAAAGGAGCAAUCGGUGAUUUGCUUGAUACUCCAGACCCCUAUGUGGAGCUGUUUAUCUCAUCAGCUCCAGAAAGCCGGAAGAGGACACGGCACAUUAACAAUGAUGUUAAUCCACAAUGGAAUGAAACCUUUGAAUUCAUACUCGAUCCUAACCAGGAGAAUAUCCUAGAGAUUACACUAAUGGAUGCUAACUACGUUAUGGAUGAGACCCUUGGUAAUGCUACAUUUCCUGUUUCCUGUGCAAAUAUUGAUGUAGGACAAACAAAAGAAGUAGCAUUUUCAAUUGGUAAGGUGACCAAAGUAUUCAUGGAAUUAUUCCUUGAAGUUUGCUCAUCAACAGACCUACGAUUCAGUAUGGCGCUAUGUGACAAGGAGAAGGCUUUCAGGCAAAAACGUAGAGAACGUGUAAUGCUGGGAAUAAAAAGUCUUUUAAAAAUGGAGAAGGGACGCUGUCUGCCUACAUCACAUCGGGAUGUGCCAGUGAUUGCUGUACUUGGGUCAGGGGGUGGAUUUCGAGCCAUGGUGGGAUUCUCUGGAGUUAUGAAGGCAUUAUAUGAGUCUGGUGUCCUUGACUGUGUCACAUAUGUUGCUGGUUUGUCAGGGUCUACGUGGUAUAUGUCAAAACUGUACUCUCAUGCUGAUUUCCCAGCAAAAGGACCAAAAGAGAUCAAUCAGGAACUGAUGAAAAGUGUUAGCAGCAAUCCUCUUUUCCUGCUUCUGCCCCAACACAUCAAACGUUAUAUUGAAGCGUUAUGGAAGAAGAAAGCAUCUGGUCAGCCUGUCACCUUCACCGACAUCUUUGGCAUGCUGAUAGGAGAGACGCUAAUACGCAAUAGGAUGGAUUACAGACUAAGCGACAUGCAGGAGAAGAUUAACGAGGGCCAGUGUCCUCUCCCGUUAUUCACAUGUCUCCAUGUCAAGCCUGACGUCUCUGAGCUGAUGUUUGCAGAUUGGGUGGAGUUCAGUCCUUAUGAAAUUGGAAUGGCCAAAUAUGGGACUUUCAUGCCACCUGACUUAUUUGGAAGCAAAUUCUUCAUGGGGACAGUGGUGAAAAAAUACAUUGAGAAUCCAUUACACUUUCUCAUGGGAGUAUGGGGCAGUGCUUUCUCCAUUCUCUUCAACAGAGUACUGGGUGUAUCAAGUGCAAAUAGCUCAGGAUCCACCAUGGAGGAAGAGCUUGAAAAUCUUAAGCCAGAGCACAUUGUUGGGGAGGACAGCCUAGACAAUGACGAAGAACCUCGCAAAGCUGGUACAGAGAGCUCAGAGAUUGAAGAAGAGUACCAGAGGAGUGCCCAGGCCAGUUGGGUGCAGCGCAUGUUCACCUCCUUGAUCAGUGAUUCCUCCCUCUUCAAUACCCGUGAGGGGCGUGCCGGGAAGGUUCACAACUUUAUGCUGGGCCUGAAUCUCAACACGACGUUACCAUACUCACCGUUUGGGGGCCUGCUGUGCAACUCCAUAGAUGAAGAAGACUCUGUAGUUACAGAUCCAGAUGAAUUUGACCGCAUCUAUGAACCCCUGGAUGUGAAGAGUAAAAAGAUUCAUGUGGUCGACAGUGGGUUGACAUUUAACUUGCCAUACCCCUUGAUUCUGAGACCACAGCGAGGAGUGGAUCUUAUCAUCUCUUUUGACUUUUCUGCACGCCCCAGUGAUUCAAGCCCUCCUUUCAAGGAACUGCUGCUUGCAGAAAAAUGGGCUAAAAUGAAUAAACUUCCUUUUCCUAAAAUUGACCCCAAAGUACUCGACAGAGAGGGAUUAAAGGAAUGUUACGUUUUUAAACCUAAAAAGGGUGACAAAAACUGUCCCACUAUUAUCCACUUUGUCUUGGCCAAUAUCAACUUCAGAAAUUUUAAGGCUCCAGGUGUUACACGUGAUACUCAGCAAGAAAGGGAUUUUGCAGACUUUGAUAUCUUUGAUGAUCCUGAAACGCCAUACUCAACGUUCAACUUCCAGUACUCCAAUCAAGCAUUCAAACAGUUGCAUGAUCUGAUGGAAUUCAACACACUUAAUAACAUUGAUGUCAUUAAAGAAGCCAUCAUUGAAAGCAUCCAGUUCAGGAGGGAAAAUCCAUCUCGCUUUUCUGUGUCUUUAAAUGAAAUAGAAACCAAAAAAUUUUUAAACAAGGACUUCAGAAACAAACGCCACACUUAAUCAGGCCAUUUUGUUUUCUUCAUGUUGUACCUUGCAAAGCCAACUUUUCUUUAUGCAAGUUACAGUCAUCAGUAGUGGCUACUGUUGUUAUUCUUGUCUAAAACUGUACCUGAAUUAAUACACAAGAAUUUAUAACAUUCUGAAAAAGAACCUCGGUGGGCUGUUAAAGGUCUGAGCCCUCCCUGUUUGUCACUGAAUGUGUGCAGUUUCAGACUCAAAAUAACUUACUUGUGUGUGAGGUAAAUUAUUAUUAUUAUUAUUAUUAAUAAUACAUUUUAUUUAUAUAGUACCUUUCCCAUACUCAAGGUGCUUAUUGAAUAAUCAUUCAUUGUUAAUUACUAAAUAUCACUUAAUUAGUUACCAUGCAGCCUACUAAAUUUUAAGCAGUGUACUUUUGAGUAAUGUAAUUCUUGGUUUGUUUCUCUCACUAUUAUGAAAUAAUUAUUUGUAAAGUAUAAAAACUGGAAAUUGUUUAUAGAUUCUGAUUUUUAGACACCAGACCAGGCAACACUCACAAACCUUCACUACUCUGAUUUUUAAAAUGGAAUGUACUGUACUGUAUCGAGCAUAAUGAGGAGAAUCAGAGAAUAAGGUGUGUGUUGUUUGGGAGAGAGAUAAAACAAUGUUGGCAGCAAAAUCAGUUACUGUUUAGUGUAACAAAAAGCAAUUCUGUAUACCUUACCUACCAACAAGAGCAGGAAAUGCACAGAGGAUGCAAAUGUCUGUUGUCUGUUUUAAUCAUGAGAGGGUAUCAUUGUUGAGACUUAUUCCUGUCAGACCAAUGCUGAUUUAAGUGUGUUCAAGCACAUUUCUCAAUGCUGUCAGUGUACACAAAGCAUGGUUUGCUCUUGACUCAUCUUCAUUAUUUUAGUAAGCCAAGCAAUGGCAAAAGAAGAAGUGAUUUAUGUUGUACUUGUAUAGUAGAAGUGCAGUGCCAUUAGAAGAUUUUCAUCUUAGCCACAUCCCUUUUCCCCUUUAAUAAUGCAAUUUUUAGCUAAGUAGUCCUUUUGGUGGUUGCGCAAAGUAUAUACCAAGCCAGUGGUCAUCUGGACAUGAAGCGCACUCGUGCUAUACCUUCUGGGUAUUUUUUUGUUUAGUUUGAUUUUUUUUUUUGUAUUUCCACUUGUUCCUUUCACUUUUCAAUAGUUUCUUCUUAUUUGUGUAUCUCUUUUUUCCUACACUAUGUAAAAUGAUAAAAGGAAAACAGAUAAAGAGUUGGGGUACCACCUUGGUAACCCUGUAUAACUUGAAAGGUUCGAGGGAAACAAGUACACAAUUAGUUGCAGAGAUGCCUUUGCAGAUAGGAGUCCAAAAACACAGAACCAAAACAGGUAGCUGUUUUUUUUUGGGUUUUGAAGAUAGAUAGCAGGAAAGAGCGGGUCCAGGAGGACGGACACCAGAGGUGACUUCGGUGAUGGAAGGGCCAUCGAUCAUUCGGUCUUUAGAAGGAGAAAGAGAAAAGGGAUUAGAAAACAGCGACAACUCCUGGCUCAAAGGGCAACUACAAUCGAGAGAACUCUUAAGCUGCCUCUCAUGCACACACGCAUGGCACCUCUUACCCUCCAUGCAUUGUUUGGUUUGCUACACUCUGCAGUUACUGCUUAAACAUUAAAUCCUGACAAACAUAUAUUCCUCCGUGUUAAACAUCAUAGAUAUUAUAGAUAUAAAUUGUGUGGUUUGCAGUGGGCCAUGUUCAUUUUAUUAUUGCUGCUGACACAAGCAGCAUUCCCAUCAGCUACUUUAUCUUCCAGAAGCUAGUGUUCAGUAUGAGGGGCGUUUUAUCAAUGCCUGUGUCUGCUAUAUUAGCAGUAUAAUUAUUUGAGUGAUAUAGUUCAUUCAUGUCUACAGUUACAAUUUAGAAAGUAGCUGUUUCAUGUAGAAUUAUUCUUGACCGUUGUGUGUACGUAUAUAUGAGAUUACAUUACAUGGUUUCUGUUGAAAUUAGAACUUUGUGUAGAUUUGACAUAAUUACAGCACUUUUGGAUAAAUUUUAGAAAGCAGAGAGCCGUUUGACCCCAAAGAUGGCGAAAAUGUCAUUACUUUUCAUAACAAAAGUAUGUUUCAAACAGAUAAUUGCCUUUUAAUUAGUUUAAUCAUUUGCAAAUAAUAAUGUUUUUAUUUCCUUUAUUCACAUUUUUAUUUUACAACCCUAGUUUUGUUUCAGUGCUUAUGUCUAUUGCCUGAUAAUUUCAUAUACUUGUAUUUCUUUUACUUCGACCAAAGUGAACAGCUGGAAUAAUUUACAUUUUUUUUAAGAGUUAUAUAUACUGUUUGUCAAAGUACUGUAACUAUACCGUCUGUUAAUCUUAUUAAUGGAUUAGUUAUGAUUAAAGUCAUUAAGUGUGGUGGCCAAAUCUUUAACACAUGCAGCUUUGGAUGCCUCUGCUUUACCUACUAUAAGAUUCUUCUUAUAUACAGUAAUUUUAUGACUAAUUUCAGUAGUAAACUCAAAGGGCACAUGUCUGUUGAAUUUAUAUUUUUAUUUAAUAAUUCCAUGUGACACAAAAAACGGGAGGAUUAAAUUAAAUAAAAAACAUUUUCUGAAUCGUCUUUUAAAAGGCUAGCGCUUAAACUUUAAAGCCCAUAACCUCUCUGCACUGCUGUCAUAAGAUGGUUUGAAAGAUAUUUUAAAGGGCUACUCUGAUAAAACUGUUUAAGAAACCACCACUGCCAUCACUCCGCAAACCCUUGCUAAACAUUCAAAGUCAAUGAGACAAAAGAUUUAAAUCAGCAUAGUUACAUUUUAUUCAGCAAACAGAUUUCAUAAUAAAAAUUAAAAAUAAGAUGUGUACUAGAAAUCUAUAAAAAAAUUAUUUAACUUCCUGCAUGUUUACUAAUGUAAUCUGGUCAUGUUUAUAUCCUGAACAUGACCAGUGUUAUCAUACUGGGGCGCUGCAAGUAGAAGAAGAAGAAUGCAGACUUCUCUUCUCAAAGUGAACCCAGAAAAUGGUGAGCAGUGCUGCAGUUGUAAAGCCACAGCAAA